UUCAACUGCACAUUGUUCUGUCUUUUUCUAUCAUGAUGAAGACCACAGGGAUGUUUGAUGGCUUCUUUGACGCCACAGUUCUGUGUCUCAUCUGGCUAACAAAGCACACAGUGGACUCAGUUCAGCUGUCGGCUCCAGAGGAGGUAACUGCAGCAUAUGGAGGAUCUGUGACGGUCUCUUGUCAGUAUGAUCAUCAGUUCAGAGAAAACACUAAGUACUGGUGCAAAGGACGGGUGUAUGACCUGUGCGCCAUAGUUGUGAAAACACCCAGAAAAAGACCUAAUGACAGAACCUACAUUGCUGAUAAUAAGGAGGCAGGAGUCUUCACUGUAACCAUGACUUCACUCAGAGACAGUGAUCAGGAUUCGUACUGGUGUGUCAUCUCCACAUCUGGAAGGAACAUCUACACUCGUGUCAAGCUCCUCAUCUCCCACACAGUGGUAACAACCACCACCACAACACCAGACAUUUCCCCGAGGCUGAAACAUGAUGAAACGAGUUGGUGGGAGGCUCUACGUUGGAUCCUCUUUAUUUUGAUGUUGUUUUGCUUGGUAUCAGCACAUAUCGCUGUGUGGAGGAAAAAAGUUGAGAGGAAAAUAUGUCUGCGAAAAAAAUUUCACUGUGAAAAUGCAAACAAUUAUGAAUGAAAGUCAGGUAACACCAUGAUGUUAAAUCAUGGGUGAAUUAUAAACGCGUUCAUACUGGGGCUACAAAACCGUUCCUCCAGCGGACACUCUAUCAGUGUGUGAAUUAAACUGAAAAAUAAACCAAGUGAAAAAUUGGCUUUCAGCCUCUCUUUUCUAGAAUUUAAAUGAUUAAAAGCUCAUUAAUUUCAGUGCUGGGGCCUAAGAUAACUUUGAGCUCAACUUUUGAAUAUCCAAAAUUAGCACCUCUGGAGAUCUGAGGCUCUUGGCCUUCAUUUAAUUUAUUUGCAGAUCUUAUAUGGAUGGUCAUAAAGGUUGGUAUUCUUCUUGCAUUUAACCAGCAGUUUCUAGUGGUUUUACUAAAUCUGUCAGUGUUGCAC